UCGCACACCGGACCUGCCGCGGCCCUUGUGCCGGGCGGGGGUGGCGGCUGAGCCUGCGGAGGGGACGCGGCCCCUGAGCCCUCAUCCUCGGCUCCGCGGGACGUGCACCUGGAGGUCCCUCCGUGGGGAAUUCAGGACACACAGGCUACAGCCAGAAGAACUCAGGAUGAGUAAAACAAAUAAUUUUGAUGUUCAAAGCACAUUUUGUGCUCUCUGUGGACGGACAGAUGACUGCCCUGAAAAGUAUGGAGAAAAAAGGACCUAUGUGGAAUACAAUCUCACUGUUCAUUAUUACUGUUUGUUGAUGUCAAGUGGCAUUUGGCAGAGGGGUGAAGAAGAUGAAGGUGUAGAUGGAUUUUUAAUCACAGAUAUUAGAAAAGAAGUAAAUAGAGCUGCAAAACUGAAAUGUAAUAUCUGUAAGAAAAAGGGAGCUUCAAUUGGAUGUGUAGCUCCUAAAUGCAAACGAAGUUACCAUUUUCCUUGUGGGCUACAAAGGGAAUGCAUUUUCCAGUUUAUGGAAGACUUCAGAUCUUACUGUUGGGAGCAUAGACCAGUCCAAACAUUUACGGAUAAAGAACCUAGAGAAGCUUCACAGUGCACAAUAUGCCUGGAUUUGGUUGAACAUCUUCCAUUGUACACUGUAUUGAAAAGCCCUUGCUGUAAAAAUGCUUGGUUUCAUCGAGAAUGCUUGCAGUAUCAAGCUUUGAGUGCUGGGAUAUUUUUCUUUAGGUGCACAGUAUGUAAUAACAAGGACAGUUUUCAAAAAGAAAUGUUGAGAAUGGGCAUACACAUUCCGGAAAGGGAUGCGUCUUGGGAACUUGAAGAAAAUGCAUAUCAAGACUUGCUGCAUUGUUAUCAACACUGUGAUGUUAAAAGAUGUCUCUGCAAGAAAGGAAGAGACUAUAAUGAACCUGACAGUAAAUGGGAAAUAAAGCGUUGCCAGUACUGUGGUUCUCGUGGGACUCAUUUGGCCUGUUCAUCUCUGAGGUCAUGGGAGCAAAACUGGGAGUGCAUGGAAUGCAGAAGUAUCUUUGCAAAAUCAGGGAAGUAUAGCAAACGGAAAAAGCGUGCUUUGGCUACCUCUGAAAAAACAAAUGGAACAACUUGCUUGCUGGAAGAGCCACCUCCAAAGUCCCCUCGGCAGUCAUCUGGAUCUCCACGCAAUUUUCUGCUCCAAUCACCAAAGAUAAUGUGCCAGAACUUGUCACCUUGCUCACACCUAGAAUUUCCAGCAUCCAACAGAGUGACAAUGUCCUUAUCUCCAGUGAUGUCAAACAGGAACUGGUCCCUGAGGCACAGGCAUUUAAGAAAGCAAAGAUGGGAGGCUUGUAAUAUACUGAAGGAGUUAAAGGUACAAGUUAAAACAAAAACAACAAGACUUAACAUCAAUGCAGAAAAUAUUUGGAGUAGUGCUUUAAAAGGAUUUAGGCAGCGCAUUUUUAGUCCUACAAACACUAUUGAAGUAAGUUUCUCAAACGGCAAAAAUAGAUCAAAGACAAAAACUUCUGCUGCAUCAAAACAUCAUUUCUUCCAGUUAUUAAUGCAUCACCUUCAGAAUUCAUCAUUGUUUGAGGGCUCUUCUGGAAAGAAUUUGUCCCUCGAUUUUCAAGCUGUAAAAGAGAAUCUUUAUUUUGAAGCUGGUAAAAUGAUUGCAGUUUGUCUGGUUCAUGGUGGUCCAUCUCCUGGGUUUUUUUCCAAAACGCUGUUUGAUUGCCUUGUCUAUGGUCCAGAGAAUGUGAAGCCAGUUUUGGAAGAUGUCGCUGAUGUUGAUGUAGCACAAACAAUAAAAACGAUAAAAUAUGCAAAUAAUCUGUCCAGCCUACAGUCUACACUACAGGACUGUUGUGAAUUCCUUGCUGCUGCUGGAUGUUUAAAACCUGUAACAGCUUUGUGUGAUAAGAACGUGCUGGUGAAUGACCUAUUGAUCUAUCAUGUAAUCAAGAGAAUUACUUUACCCUUAGAAAGUUUUAAGCAGGGUUUGAAAACUCUUGGCGUUCUAGAGAAAAUGCAAAUGCACCCAGAUGUGUUCUCUAGCAUAUUGUGCCACAAACCCGAAAGACUUUCAGCGGAAACUGUUUGUGAUCUCUUUACAAUCCAUUCCUCAUCAGAUGUAAAUAAAGUUGAAGGUGCUGAUUUUUGGAUGGGCUAUUUGCAAGAUGUGGAAAGUGGUGAGUCUGUAGUGACAUUGGAGGAUAUUCUGCUCUUCGUAACAGGCUCCUGUUAUAUACCAUCCAUUGGUUUUGAUCCUGAACCUACGAUUAAAUUUUUGCAUAUAACGUAUCCCAUUGGAAACAGACUUCUUAAUUGCUUAGAGCUUCCUAUAACAAAGACGUAUCAGCAGUUCAAAAAUAAAAUGGAGCUCACCAUCAGAAACACCCUAAGAGUUGAAAAGGAAUAAGUAUUUUUGCUAUUAAACUGAGCGUUGGACACUUCAGUUUUCUGCAGGAACAUCUGCUUUUAAUUCACUCCUAUAUUUUUGGACUAUGCUUUUAGUAUUUUUCAACCUUUCCCCCAAAAUUACGCUAAAAGUUAUGUUAUGAGGGGGAAGACAAUUUCCAAAUUAAAAAAAAAACCUUUAUAUCCUAAAUAAUUUUCCUUUUGAAGUUGACUUUAAGAGUUCUCCAUCUCUUGCAGAAGUAGUUUAAAUGUCAGCUUUUGCUGUAGACAGAUAUGAAAUGUUACCACACUCUGUAACAGGUAAGUAUGUGGAUCAUAUCAAAUAUACUUAGGUAAAUUAUUUAUCAAAAACAAACCAGGUGCGUUUUGAAGACAACUGCUGUAGAGCACUGUCUUGUGUAAAACUCUGAUGCAGUUCUUUAGUUCCAUGUAUAUUAUCUCAGUAAUUGAUUUGUGUAUUGAUUCAUUUAUGUUCUGAUGGUUCAUAGAAACCUGGGAAAGUUAAAAUACUUGUAGUUUCAUGGUCAUUGUGGCUAGUGCAUUCAAGGUCUUUUGAUAAACAUUGGUAAAAUAAUACAGCAUAAGAACAAAAACUGGUUGAACUUGUGUGUCUGUUUUUAAACAAAAUCUGACAUUUGCACAUUUCUGCAUUCUACUGUCAUACAUUAAUUUUUAAUUACUCAUAGAGCCAUAAUAGUAAACACCAGAAGUUUGUUGAACAUGCAACAAUAACUGGUCUUUCAAAGUGAAAUAUAUUACUUAGACUUAAUGUUGUUGAGUAUGAAAGAAGUUUCUUGCUCAUUAGGACAUGUGAACUUAUCUUCCAUUAAAGUAUUUUCAUACAACCAUGUACUAAAGCUUUUUGUUAAACUAAAGACAGUCUACCAUCAAGCUUGUUUGGGCCUGACACUUUUCUAGCUUUUAUUCUAAACUCUUCCCAUUCAGUCAUAGGCGCAUUCUGAGCACUGUAGAAAAUAUAUUUUAGUACUGCAGUACUUUGUGUAAAUGGCCGGGCCAUUGAGCUGUGAUAAGUAGUGAAAUUCCUAUGCAGAAACACUUUAAUGUUACUAAUGCUUCAUCUAUGGCAGUAAAAGGACAUUGAAAUACAUUCUUUUAAAAUGUAUGCUGUUCUCUGUUUUGAAAUUAUACGAUUUGCCUCUGUUAGUUUUGACCACCUGUACUUUGUCCUGAACAUAACUUGUGCUAUAGAUGUAAUACAGAAACAUGUGUCUGUAUGUAUGCACAUUCUUCAAAAUACUGGGAAGUAAUCAUAUACUUUUUUAUUAAUAUAGCUUGGUUUGAAUUGAAAAUAGAAGCAGGAUUGCUUUACAUUUGAAUUCCUUGGCAAGGAAGUACAUCCACAGUAACUAUAAAUGGACAGGUGGUUCUGAAAAAAAUAUAAGAAAGUCUAAGGAAAUCACUGCAAGUCUUAGAUCAGAUAUUUCUCAUUACUGAAUGCCUAAAACAAUCUAAUCUCAUCAGUCUUGUCAUUAUAAAUUUAGGAAUAUUAGAAAUUAAGACAGGAUUAGCCAUGGUUUUUGCUUGUUAGCCAAAAGCAUAACCAAGUCUCCUUUAAAAUAAACAUGAUCUCUUGGAGAAUGUAAUUUGACUUGUUUAUAUAUAAGCAUUUUCUCAGUGUCUUUUCUCCAAUAAUACAGUGUUUUUGAUCUUUGCAUGACUCUCAUUCUGCCAAUAAAUUCUUUGUAUUCUUACCCUUCACAAUGGUCUAUUACCAUUAUAGGGAGAGUGGUUUGGCACAAAUUUGUUUACAUAAUAAGGAUUCAUAUUGUAUGUUUGUAUUUUUCAAAUAUGAGUUUCCUGCAGAUAUUACACUUUAAAAAUUAUUUAAAAAUUAUUUUCUUGCCUAGUUAAAGAUAUAUGUGUUCUGUAAUGUUAGUCUUCCAUAUUUUACAAAACAGGCAAGCAGAGUGUGAGUAAUUUUAAAGGAUAAGGACUUCUGGUACCUGCAGUGUCAAGAGAAAUUGUACAGAACCUGGAAUAAAAUAAACUGCAUUUUAAAACCUUUGAUGGAGAAAUAAUAAAAUAAUGUGAAUAUAAUGCUUCAAAACAUUCCUGAGAUUACAAAAAAUAGAGUUUACACUUUUUAUUGCUUUUUACUUUUGAACUCAUCAGUUGAAAGGCUUUAUAUAAAGGCAGAACCUAACCUAUAUGCCAGGUGUAAAAAAAGUUAACUUUAUAACGAGCUUUUAUACAAUGCUAUAUUCAAACACUGAACUUGUAAAAUUUCAUAGUGUGUAAUAUUGCUUGAAAGGGUUUUUCUUGCACAGAAUUUGUUCCCAUUUUCUAAUACUGAUGUGUACCCAUUCAAGACAAGUCAUUUCCUUUCCUGUUGGUUUGAUCAGCUCUAUCUAGAUGCUCCAAUAUAAUACUUCAUAUAUUCAAGUUGUAUUCCUGAAUGCUGCUAUGGAAAGGAAUUUUCUCAUUUUCAGCAUUUAUUUAUAUAGACCAGUCAUAAAUAUAUUUGAACUGUUCAUUAGAAUUCUAAUGAAUAAGCUAACUUCCAAGCACAGAAUGGCCUCCCUUAUCUUGAAAUUGUAAGAGCAAUUACAACCAUAGGUUUUUUACUGUUGUAGCAGAUCACUGAAGUGCAAUAUUAUGGGCUAGUUUUCAUUUUACAUAAAUAUAACCCUAGGCACACCUGGAAAUUAGGGAGGCUGCUUACAUUCAGUAUUUCUGUAACACAGGGAGAAUAAUUGUGUAUGCAUCAGUUGUGUGUUAAAUAUAUUCUUAGAGAAGCUGCAUCUUUUAUAGGAUUUGUCAACGCCACAAAAGAACUGUUGCAGUACAGUGUUUGUGUUUUGUGUUUGGCCAAAGAACUUCAUCCCACAGUUUCUGCAUCAAACCCUUAGUUUUCAUCUGAAAUCAGGACAUCAAAUAAGCUAUUUUCUAGAGAUAAUUUUCUACUAAGCAGUAAUAUAUUAGUAUUAGUGGGUUUAGUAUGGUCUCCUUAACAAUGCACAUACAUUUAAAAAAAACACCAAAACCUCAACUAUUUUAGCUCUGUGUUUGAAAGACCAAGGAAUAAGAAAUUUCUGUGACUUGCUUUUUUGCCCAUUCAGAGGAUGCUUGCCAGAAAACUGUUAACCUUUUUAACUUACUAAGUGAAAUAUAAUCCAAAGGAGAAAAAAUUUGUUCAUGCAAAUAUAGAAGUUUAAACUUCUUGUGUGCUGCAAUUUUAUUGUUUUCAUUAAGAUGUUAAGUCCUGGAAUUUGAAAACAUGAAGAUUUUGAGAGCAUUAGUAAAUCCUACUCACAUUCUGCAUAUGCAUUUUGAAAAUAGUAUCAAAAAAUCUGAUUCAAAUUGAAAGGAUUGCAACUUUGAAGCCUACAAAACAUUCUUUCAAGUUUAUAUUGAAUCUGUUUUAUAUGGUGAAACAUGUUUAAAGCUCAAACUUUACUGUUUCUUACCUAAGGGAAUAAUAUCUAGUUGGACAAAAGAAAAAUUAAAAUGCAAAAACUUUUGAAAUGUCAAAUCAUAUGUAUAGAGAAAAUAAUUUUCAAGAUGUUAAUGUUUGUAAAAAAAACUAGUCUAACCCUCUGAUUUUUGUAUUACAUAAACAAUGUUCUUUUUGAAGGUAUGGUAUUUAGAAUGAUAUGCAAAGAAAUGUAAUUUUGUAAAUUUUUUUAGCUCUAACUUGAACUGCAGGAUCAGUGCCUGAACUGUUGCAUCUCCAAGCAACGUUUUGCAUGACACACAUAGCAUCAGUGUUGAAAUAAUAACUGUGGGGAACACCAUGUAUAUGUCCAAAGUGCAAUAAAAGGUU